UUGGCACAUCCCAUGCACCCCAUUUCCUGCCGCCCACCAAUUACCCCACUUUAACCGUCAAAUCCCGUCCUCCCGGUAUCUCCGACCCAUCCCCUUCUCCGCCGCGCUCCCCCCUCUCUCGUACGACCCCCCGACUCCACCCGGUUCUUCCGCCCAGCUUCUCUUCUCUCCCCGUACUCCCAAUACCCGCACAGACGAAGCCUCCUUCAAAAGAAGGUAGUAAGUAGUACAAGAGACUUAGAGAGAAGAGAAGAGAAGAACGACUCGGAUCCACUGUCAUGGCGACGGCGGCGGUGGUGGCGGAGGAGGAGGAGGAGAUGCUGCUCGACGAGCAGCACCGCAUCAACCUGCUGCGGUUGGCGUCGAACACGACAUCCCAAGUGGCCAUCGUCGGCGCCCACGUGUGUCCGAUCGAGAGCCUCGACUACGAGCUCAUCGAGAACGAGUUCUUCAAGCAGGACUGGCGGAGCCGCGGCCGUGCCUACAUCUUCCGCUACGUUACCCUUAAGUGGUCCCUCUGCUUCCUCAUCGGCGCCCUCGCCGGCGCCGUCGGCUUCUUCAACAACCUCGCCGUUGAGAACAUAGCCGGCGUCAAGUUCGUCGUUACCUCCAACAUGAUGCUCUCUCGGAAGUAUGGAUGGGCGUUUGCGGUCUUUGCUGGGUCGAAUUUCGUGCUCACGAUGUUCGCAUCGGUCAUCACGGCUUACAUGGCGCCGGCGGCGGCCGGAUCGGGCAUACCGGAAGUGAAGGCCUAUCUGAAUGGCGUGGACGCGCCGGGUAUAUUCUCGCUGAGGACUCUGGUUGUCAAGGUAGUGGGUUGCAUUGCUGCAGUGUCAUCAUCUCUCCAUGUGGGCAAGGCAGGCCCAAUGGUGCAUACAGGGGCAUGCAUAGCAUCUAUACUCGGGCAGGGCGGGUCCCGUAAAUACCACUUGACAUGUAAAUGGCUGAGGUAUUUCAAGAAUGACAGAGACCGGCGGGAUCUGGUUACUUGUGGGGCUGGUGCCGGGGUUGCUGCUGCUUUCCGAGCUCCUGUUGGUGGUGUUCUUUUUGCCCUUGAAUCUGUAUCAUCAUGGUGGAGAAGUGCCCUACUUUGGAGGGCAUUCUUCACUGCAGCUGUAGUUGCUGUUGUGCUUAGGGCGCUGAUAGACAUAUGUAAAAGUGGCAAAUGUGGUUUGUUUGGUAAGGGUGGGCUUAUAAUGUUUGACGUGACUUCAGAUACAGUUGCUUAUCACUUGGUGGACUUGCCACCAGUGAUCCUUUUAGGAAUCAUCGGAGGAAUAUUGGGGAGCUUCUACAAUUUUCUCCUGGAAAAGGUUCUUCGAAUCUACAAUCUUAUCAAUGAGAAGGGCACUGGCUACAAAUUGCUUCUUGCUGCCACAAUUUCCAUAUUCACAUCCUGUUGCCUUUUCGGACUACCAUGGCUUGCAUCAUGUAGAUCUUGCCCGGCUGACUUAUCAGAAGAUUGCCCAUCAAUAGGCAGGUCGGGUAAUUUCAAGAAGUUCCAGUGCCCACCUGACCAAUACAAUGAUCUGGCUAGCUUAUUUUUCAACACUAAUGAUGACACAAUUAGAAACCUCUAUAGUGCUGGCACAGAUGCUGUGUUCCAAAAAUCUUCGAUCUUGUUGUUUUUUGUUACCUCUUAUUUCCUAGGAAUUAUGAGCUAUGGUCUCGUUGCUCCUUCUGGCCUCUUUGUUCCAGUCAUUCUGACAGGUGCGACAUAUGGACGCCUUGUUGGGAUUCUUAUGGGUAAACACUCAACUCUGGACCAUGGACUUUUUGCAGUCCUUGGAUCUGCUUCCCUUCUAGGUGGAUCGAUGAGAAUGACUGUUUCUGUAUGUGUGAUCCUCCUAGAAUUGACCAACAAUCUCCUUUUGCUUCCCCUGGUCAUGCUUGUUUUGCUCAUAUCCAAAACUGUGGCCGACACUUUUAAUGCAAACAUCUACGAUCUGAUUGUCAAAUUGAAGGGUCUGCCUUAUCUUGAAGCCCAUGCAGAACCCUACAUGAGGCAGCUCACAGUAAGUGAUGUCGUCACUGGUCCUUUGCAGACAUUUCAUGGUGUGGAGAAAGUGGGUAAUAUAGUCCAUGUUCUGAAAACAACUGGUCAUCAUGGAUUCCCUGUUAUAGAUGAGCCUCCUUUUUCUGACUCGCCAGUGCUAUUUGGCCUAAUUCUUCGUGCACACCUACUUGUCUUAUUAAAGAAGAAAGAGUUUCUUCAUACUUGUGCACUCUCAAGUUUUGAUGCUUCAAAACCGUUCUCUGCUGAUGAUUUUGCCAAGCGUGGCUCUGGCAAGCAUGACAGCAUUGACGAUAUAGAGCUGACUGUGGAAGAGAUGGAAAUGUACAUUGAUUUGCAUCCAUUUACAAACACUUCACCCUACACUGUCGUUGAGACUAUGUCAUUGGCAAAAGCUCUCAUACUUUUCCGUGAAGUUGGUCUAAGGCACCUCUUGGUUGUUCCAAAGUCCUCUUCGAGGGCACCUGUAGUUGGCAUACUGACAAGGCAUGAUUUCAUGCCUGAGCAUAUCUUGGGACUGCAUCCUUUCCUGCUGAAGAGCAGAUGGAAGAGACUGCGGUUUGGAAAGUCCACCAUUAUCAAAUUUUUUAGCAGCCUCUGUUAGCAGUGGGACAUAAAAGUUAGAUUUUCAGAAUAAUGGUAAGGCCUCAGAUUUUCUUACUCCGGUUGGUGAAUAUCUAACACUUUGCGUUAUCCUUUCACAUGUUGGAGAUUGAAGGAAGCAAGUCACGGUGCAGCGUCCAAGAAUUCUUUCAAAGAUUUUCCAUGUAUGCAGAGUCAAUAUCAAGCUAUUUGAGGAAGCAGAUGCAAGACAAAACAGAUAUAUGUUUCUCCUUCUAAAGUGCCUUGGGAGAUGUAUGCUCAAUUGUAUCAUACAGGAUUCGGCACCACUCUUAGUUUACAUAUUCGCUGCAAGUUAAAAUUUUUUUACAGAGGGCAUUUGUUAUUCAAUCAGUUAGUUAACUCGGGUUGGUUCUUAGCCUGGUACAUUUUUGAUAGCAAGUAGUACCACAAGGUAAUCUGAUCAUCACCAGAUUGCAUUCCAUUCCACUUCUAUGCUUUCUUGAGUCUCAUAGUGGAGUUUUUAUGUCCAAAACUUCGACUUUUAGAUGAUAGUUUUUGUCAUAUAUCAGUGA